AUGCAUGAUGUUCUCUCGUUUCUCCAGACACAUUUCAUACAUCAGAUGGAGGCAAUCAAUCUAUUAGGUUUCGGACCAGAAGUGGUCGGGAUCAUUAUUAACCUUUUACAGACAAGCCUACCUAUGGGUUGCUCACUCACUUCUAUAAAACAACAUAUACUGAGUCCUUGCAGGACGCAAAACACUUUCCAAGUUCUGAAAAAUACUCUGAUUGAUGACUCAACACUACAAAUUGACUGCUUGGGGCUUGCAUUUGCACCCUCAAGCACAAUAACUCAGAAACAAUUUGGAGCAGGUCUUCCUCGGCGGAUUGCUCGAUUUCCACGUGUUGAGAACACUCCGACUCUGGGACACCACGAUAGGGUGGCAUUUUCUCCCCAUGGCUGUCUACUAGUUUCUGGCUCUGGUGACCGGACAGUCCGACUCUGGGACACCGCAAUAGGGGUCUUGCAGCAAAUUUUCCAAGGCCAUUUCGCCAAGAUGAGCUCCCUAUAA